AUGCUUUAUAAUGCUCUUCUAGGUUUGACAACGAAAGCUCUCAGAAGUAUUCGCAAGCCAGCGAUGAAUUCUCGAGAUGGACUUCCUCGAGCUGCUAUUCCAAAUGUUCGACAAAAUGUAUCACUCUCAUUCGAUUUCACAGAUGAAUCUGAUAACGAAAACUUUCCAACGUGCGACAUCCGCAAAAAACCACAACGAGCUGCAUCGAUACGUGGGACAUCAGAAGCAAAAGUCAGUAAGGACUCAAAAAAAAGUAGUGCUAACGAUCAGAAAAAUUAUGCAAAGCAGUCAGAUGCAUCAAAGAUAGAACGAGCACUGAAGGGGCGUAUGACCCCUGUUGAAAUGCUAAAUAACUUUGGAUUAGAACGGUCAUUGAGCGCUACUUAUACCGAUAACCGAUCUAUAUUGGAAUUAUUACCUGAAACUAAACCAACUAAAGAAGGUCAACGAAUUUUCUGCAGUGAUCAAAUGCGGACCAAAAAAAUUGCGAGGUUGAAACGAAUUACUGCUUUUAACAUUAAUAAUUAG